AAGGAGAGGUACAAGAAAAACGAUUACAAUCAAUACUAGAGUAAAAGAUAAUCCUGGUGAAUUUCGCAUUGACAAUGGAAUUUUAUUUUGUAAUUUUUGUGACCAUCCUGUUGAUUGGAUACGAAAGUCAACGGUUGAUGACCACCUUAAUAGUAAAACACAUAAAGCUAAGAAAAACGUGUAUGAAAAUAAACAACGUCAACUUCAAUAA